AUGGCCGACCAAAAGUUUGUCUGUAGUGUAUGCAAGAAGGAAUUCAGUGGGAAAAUUCCAGCAAAACAACACUUUGAAAGCAAAGCUCACCAGAAAGCUGUACAAAAUAAAGAAAGGUGUGAGUCAGACCCUCAUCAAUUUAAAUGUGAUGUUUGCGAUGUUUUUAUGAACUCUAUGGAGGUAUAUUGCAAACACAUUAAUAGCCCAAGGCACUUGGAAAAGACACAAAAGGCAAAAACUUUUGCAAGCUAUUUAAACAACAAUGCUACAGGGUUUAUUGGUGCUCCACUGGAGCAGAUUGCCAACCAGGGAAAGAGGGAUUAUGACUUUAAUGGAGAAAGGGGCUAUUGUCAUAUUUGUAAUGUUGAAUUAACUUCGAAAAUGAUGGCAGAUCAGCACAUAAAUGGUGAAAAGCAUGCAAAGAAGAAAUCGGCUUUGCAGCCGAUAGCUAUGAUAAAUCAGAAUGUAUCCUGCGUUGUAGUGGAUACCUGCAAUGCAUGUGGUGAAAGUUUUUUUGAUCAGCAAAAAGCAGAGGUUCAUUUUGCAGGUGAAAAACAUAAGGAAAAAAUAGCAUCGGCUGAACAUAUUUCUAUGGACACAACGGAAAGAUUUCCAACUUUGAGUACAGUAAUGGAGACCUCUUAUUACCCGACUGAGAAUCUUACCUGUAUACCACCAGGCAGGGAUGUCAAAAGACAAGGGCAAAGGGAAGCAACAACAAAUUUGGCUAUUGUUGAUCGAGUCUGUGAGUUCGAUGGAAAGAUUGGUCAUUGCUUUAUAUGUGAUGUAGCAUUAAAUUCACAAGAGAUUGCUAAAGCACAUCUGACAGGAACUCGUCACAAGAAAGCACUUGUGAAACAUAGAGAUACAGAAACGAAGAGAGGUCCAAAUAUGUCUGACUCGUCAGAGUAUUAUUUGAAUGGUGACCGUGGCAAAUGCUAUGUCUGUGACAUUGACUUUACAUCAGAGCGACAUGCACGGGAUCAUCUGUCUGGAUCGAAACAUGCUAAAGCAGUUCAGGGGCUAGCAGAUGCUAAAGCUCUAAAUCUCAGUGACACAAAGGAGUAUGAAAUGACGGGUAACAGGGGAUAUUGUAACAUAUGUCAGCUAGAAUUAACAUCAACACAACACGCUUCUCAACAUAUUGCUGGCAAGCCCCAUGCCAAGGCAAAAGCUGUAUGGGAAAAGAGAAUGCAAAGUGGAAGUGAUGGAAUUCUAUCAUCGUCUUCAGGUAUGGCUGAAAGAACACCAGAAACACAGCCCUUGUCUCCAAGACUGCAGGGUCAAUGGCCGAAUUCAGGUCAAGGACUCAGAUCUGAUACUUCUGGGUGUUCUGAUUCAUCAGCAUCUGAAGAAAUAAAAAAUGAAAACAUCAGUCAAAAUCAGAAUUAUCAGGUGUCACAUUCAACUAGCUGUAGCAAACAAAUAUUAGAUGGUGGAAACAUUCCUAGGUCUGAAGAUGGCCUGCAGGAUUACUGGUUCAGUGGCCUCUCAGGAUACUGUAAUUUGUGUUCCAUUGACCUCACAUCCCGUGCACAUGCCAUGCAGCACAUCAGUGGUAAAAACCAUAACAAGGCAAAAUUGCGCAGUCAAAACAAGACUUCCAGCACACCAAAUGAUGAUUUGUAUUGUCAAAUCUGUAAGGUACCUUUUACAGGCCAAGAGAGUGCCCAGCAACAUUAUAACAGUGAUAAGCAUAGAAAACGAGUGGAGAUUAUAAAGACACACUCUUCUGUUGACAAUCCUGGUCCUGCACCUUCACAGAAAGUUUUGGACAAUACAAAUUGGUAUCCUUGCAUUGUUUGUGGCUGUUACCUGAACUCAAAGGAGCAGCUGGAGAUUCAUGAACAGAGUGUGAAGCACAAGGCAGCCACCGAUGGAUUAAACUCACUUGGAUUUCAGGAGAACUUGGUCAUGAUCACUGAAACAAGUGAAGAAAGGAUUGUAAGAGUUCCCAAAGGGAGUUUUGAUACUGGUUCGGCUGCUGAUAAGAUACAGUCAUUUACGAAAGAUGUGACUUCAGUGAACAUGAGUGAAUCCAGUGGUGGGAAAUUUGAACCCAUUUCCUUAGGCCAGUUUGAAAGUUUAGACCCUGCUUCUCUGAGUCAGUUUAGUGUAACUGAUGGUGUUCGUGGACAUGAGGAAACACUCACAAAAUCUGUUUAUGACUCUAAUCAACCAGACAGAUUUGACACACUCAAUUUAAACCAGAGCGCAUGUAAUUUAAAUUUAGGAAGUUUGAAGGAAAAGGAAGUUCACAAACCAUCUUUCUUAUCUCAAAUAAGUAGCAGCAGUAAUAGAGGGUCUCUGGGGUCCUCAAGGUCACCUCCACACUCACGAUCACCUAGUGUUGAUCUUCAUUCACCGAAACAUGCAGGCUGUGACAAAGAUUGCAGCUUAGGGUCACAUGGCAUCCUCUCAUCCAAUCAGAUUCAGAGUAGCCAUUUGUCCAGCCAGAGUUGCCAUUCAUCCUACCGCAGUGACCGAUCUUCACUGCAGAGUGGUAAUGAUAACAGAAUGCCUUCUCUUGAACCAAUAGAUGAUGACGUUCCAGACCUCUUCCCAAAUUUUGCUAGUAUGUCAGAACUGAAGAUUAAAAAGGAUCAAAACAGUUCUGAGAAAAAGUCUGUUAAUGUAAAUGACUUCACCAGGAAAAAUGAAUGCAGAGAAAGACAGAAGGUUGAAGUCACGACUUCUGAACACAUACCUGUGCCACGAACAACUGUCGACUUGUCUGAUAUGGACUCACUGGAGUCUAUAAGUUCAAGAGAAAGUACUCCAGGAAACCAGACACGCAGAAGUGAGGGAACAGACUCGGCCAGAGCAUUAAGAAACAGAAGAACUCAUAGGAAACCCAGUCAGGAUCUGAACAGUCGUGGAUUACAGGAAUAUGAAUCGGAUCCAGAUAAAGAUAUUGACAGCAGCAUGGAAAGUGUACAGUUGGAUAAAGGUUCAAAGAGUCAUACUGAAUUGAUGUCUCAGAUCAGCCAGAAACUUAAAGAUGUUCCUCAAAGACCAACGAUUCCAGAAUUGUCUCAAGCAGAAAAUUUGGUUUCAAAAAAUUACAAGCAUUAUUGCUCAACAUGUAAAAUGCCUAUGGAUACAGAGAAGGCCCUACAGGACCAUCUAAAGGGCAAACAUCACCGACAGAAACUAGCCAAAGAACCAGCAAUGUCUCGACAGCACCCACCUCUCAAUAAAUUAGUCGAGAUGCAGAAUGCUAAAGAUCAAAAGAGCUUCACAAAAACUGUUCCGAGAGGUUACCAGUGGGAGCUAUUCCAGAAAGUUUUAGCUAGAGACCGGAUCUGCUUCCUCCCAACAGGGACAGGGAAGACACUAAUAGCCUGUAUGGCUAUAAGCGCCAUGCUGGAAUUGAACCCCAGCUACCAAGUCCUGUUUCUAGUCACCAAAGUUCUACUAGUCCUUCAACAGGCAAAAUACAUCAGGGAUCAGUUGGGGAAUCGCAAAUACAAAAGGUUUGACCCAAAUGACCCAUCCAAGAUGAUUGACAGAGAAUUGAAAAUUGCAGAGGUGUGUGGCGGAAAACAAUCAACAGGAGGAACACCUCUGUGGCAGCAUGACAUCAUUAUAGCCACAGCAGCAUAUUGUGAGAACAUGCUUGCUAGUGAAGUGCUACACUGGAAGGAUCAGUGUCUGGUGAUUUUUGAUGAGGCCCAUCAUUGUAUGAAAAGUCAUUCCUAUAACAGUUUAAUGGCUACGCACCAUUACAAGAUACCCAAACAAUAUCGCUGUAAAAUUCUAGGACUCACAGCCUCACCAGCUGGGAAAAAAGACUUUUCUAUGACAGUUGACAUGCUCCGACAGCUACAGAUUAACCUGGGGGAGUCGUUAAUGGCUAUUGUUGAGAACAGAAAGGAUGAGCUGAAGGCUUACAUGUCCAAUGCUAAGAUUCACAUUGCAGUCAUGGAAACUACUACUUCUGAGGAAAAAUUCCAGCGGGAUCUCAAAGUCUAUUUAUUACAGUGUUACCUGAGGCUUGCUGCAGAAACCAACAUUAUGGAACAUAGCAACAUGGGAUUGUCCGGGAUAAGUAAGCCAUUGGAGGAGAGAGAUCUCCAGAGACAUGCACAAGAUCUCACUGGUGAUGUUUUGGAUGAGCUAAUGGCCUUGAUAAACAUAGCAAAACCCAACACCUCAGGUGUUGAUAAAAAAAUAGAUGUUCAUAACUUGAUAGGACACAUAAAAUGUAUCUGCAUGGCCAUCAGCGUAGCAGCUGAAGUUGGAAAUGCUGGGGCUUUGAUCGAGAUACAGGAACUCAUGGCUACAGAUCUUAACCAAAAUUUUGAAUUUGCCAGACAAAUUGGUCUGCCAUGUGAGGGCAUCCUGCAUUCAAUUGAGAUGCAGCAGCAAUUCCUGAAAUCAAAUCUGAAGUUUGAGGAUGAAUCUGAAAACAAAGAGAUGUCGUCCAGUGUGAAAUGUCUGAUAGAGCAACUUGUUUAUCAGAACUACGUCAAGUGGAAUGAUGGUGAAAGCAGACAAAGUCGACCACUGGCCCUCAUUUUGGUUAAACAGAGGGCUACUGCCACCACUUUGCACAAAAUUUUGAAGGAUCAUCCUGAAAUCGUACAAAGAAAUUUGGCUGUGGAAAAGAUUGUUGGGCAUGGGGGCGCUGCAGCAGAGCGGGGAAUGUCUGUUGCUCAGCAACGCAAGACUCUAGAGGAAAUCAAAGACCACAAGUUCCAGAUUGUCAUAGCUACAGCUGUGGCAGAGGAAGGGAUUGAUCUACCAGAAUGUGAACUUGUGGUUUCCAUGAACCCUCCUUCCACCAUGACUGCACUGGUACAGAUGCGUGGACGUGCCCGAAAACUGGACAGUCAUUUUGUCAUAGUAUGCAAUGAUAAGAAAGAAGAAGCGAAGAUGGAGGACCUUCUUGUUCGAGAGAAAAACAUGAUGAAAGCUGCAAAUUUCUUGGUGCUAAAUCAAAAUAAGCAAGGAGUUGUGUAA